ACAUCAGAGACAGACAAGUGCCACAAACACAAACAUUUACAAGCGUGACCGGGGAAGAAAAAAGUGGGACACUGAACAUUUUAAUGGACAUAAUAAACUGGAUCCCUGCCGUGGAUAGGAAGUGCCGAGGAACACAGUCACUACAGAUGGAGUCACUGUGCAAGUCAAAGGGAAAAGACUUCAAACUGGGCACAGAGCAGGCUCCCUGCUGCUGGAAUCCGCGUCUUUACUCCUUCAAGCAUCCAACUCUUUAUGAAGACCAUCCGCUUUGGAUAAACCUGCGAAAUUAAAGGAUUAUAUAAACUACCGGUGAGUGUCAGCUUUUAUCAUCGACAGCUCAGGAGGUGAUUAAUAAUCCAGGCACACACGUUUCCAUUCGGAGAAAAAAAAAGGACGCUUUAACUUUACGCAAAACGCACGCUGCCAACCAUGUGCGUGUUUUUCUGAAGUUUUACGCUCGAUGUGCGGGAUGUUUUGUCAGAGGAGCUGAUUGGAUGCGGUGGGCUGUGCGGGGGGUAAACCGCGUUCCUCCGUUAUUUGUAACCCAGCAACUGUCCCGGUGAAUGACCAGUUGAACAAAUCCUGUUAAUGACACCAUUAUUGAAUAUGAGGAACUCCGUGGAGGAUCCAGUCCGCAAUAUUCCUGAGCGCAAAGUGACUGCGGACAACUUUAACGUGUUUACCAAGAGGUAUGGAUUUUGACCCGCACAAGUCCUCUCUGCGCAAGCGCGCCGGCACGUCUCCUCCCUCCACCUGAGAGUGGAGCACACCUGGAUCCAACGAGACGGAAGUUUGACGACAGAAGACGGAGCGAGGCUUUUUUUUCUGUGUGUGUGUGCGUGUGUGUGUGUGUCUCCGCCACGAAGAAGUUUCUUUGGAGUUCAAGCAAACAAAAGAGAGACAGGAUCCUCCAGUGGAAGCAGGAUGUCAUUGGUUGAACUUUACAGGAACAGUUUAAAGGACAUUUUUUACCUGUACCUGUAGUUCAGCGACUCAUGCUGAAUCCCAGUCCAAAGCAAGGCUGCUCUCCAUUCAAGAAGAAUGACAUCUCUCCGCAGAGUGCUCCGAAGGCGACUGCACCCACUUAAACUGGCAAUAGUGGCUCUUGUCUUUGUCACAUUUGUGUUCUUCAUACAAUGGGAAGUAGGGAGCCAAGACCAACAGGAGGACCCGUGGCUGAAGGAGAUGGCAGUGAAGCGGGACGCCAUGCUGGGCAUGGUGAUCGGAGCUGUCAAUAACUUCAGGGAUGCGAUGCCAAAGAUGCAGAUCAGAGCCCCCGUCCGUAAGCAGGACAAUGCAGACAGCGUGUCCUGUCUGCCAGGUCACUACACUGCCGCUGAGCUCAGGCCAGCACUGGAGCGACCACCUCAGGACCCUCUUGCUCCUGGAGCAGCUGGGAAACCUUUUAACACGGACUCACUGAGCCCCGAAGAGCAGAAGGAGAAGGAGAGGGGUGAAGAGAAACACUGCUUUAACCUGUAUGCCAGUGACCGAAUCUCCUUGAGCAGAGACCUGGGCGCAGACACGAGACCACCAGAAUGUAUUGAGCAAACCUUCAAGCGAUGCCCCCCCUUGCCGACCACCAGCGUGAUAAUUGUGUUUCACAAUGAGGCUUGGAGUACUCUGCUGAGGACAGUAUACAGUGUCCUCCACACCUCCCCUGCCAUUCUCCUCAAGGAGAUCAUCCUGGUGGACGACGCCAGCGUGGAUGAUAUGCUUAAGGACGAGCUGGAUGAGUAUUUGAAGAGGCUGAGCAUUGUCCGUGUCGUCCGUCAGCGAGAGAGGAAAGGACUCAUCACCGCUCGGCUGCUGGGGGCCUCCGUCGCCACCGGUGACACGCUCACCUUUCUGGACGCCCACUGUGAAUGCUUUAAUGGAUGGUUGGAGCCUCUGCUGGCCAGGAUAGCAGAGAACUACACUGCGGUUGUGAGUCCUGAUAUAACCACGAUUGAUCUCAAUACUUUUGAGUUCAUGAAACCGUCUCCGUAUGGCCAAAACCACAACCGGGGGAAUUUUGACUGGAGCCUUGCCUUCGGCUGGGAGGGUCUACCAGACCAUGAGAAACUAAGGAGAAAGGAUGAAACAUACCCUAUCAAGACUCCCACGUUUGCUGGCGGGCUCUUCUCCAUCUCAAAAGAAUAUUUCUACCGUAUUGGAAGCUAUGAUGAAGAAAUGGAAAUCUGGGGCGGUGAGAACAUUGAGAUGUCAUUCAGGGUGUGGCAGUGCGGCGGACAGCUGGAGAUCAUGCCUUGUUCCAUUGUUGGUCAUGUUUUCCGCACCAAGAGCCCCCACACCUUUCCCAAGGGCACGCAAGUGAUUGCUCGUAACCAGGUACGACUGGCGGAGGUCUGGAUGGACCACUACAAGGAGAUCUUUUACCGCCGUAACCAGCAAGCUGCGCAGCUGGCAAAAGAUAGGGCAUUUGGAGACAUCUCCAAACGCGUGGACCUCCGUGCCCAGCUGCAGUGCAAGAGCUUCUCGUGGUAUUUGAAGAACAUUUAUCCAGAAGUCUUCAUGCCUGAUCUCAACCCACUCCGCUUUGGCUCAGUGAAAAAUGUCGGCAAAGAUUCAUGUCUGGAUGCUGGAGAGAACAAUGAGGGUGGGAAACAGCUGAUCAUGUAUCCAUGUCAUGGACUAGGAGGAAACCAGUACUUUGAGUACUCUACACAUCACGAUAUUAGACACAACAUUCAGAAGGAGCUGUGUUUGCAUGGGGCAGUGGGGGCUGUGAAGCUGGAGGACUGCCAGUUUAAAGGCAGGAACACAUUUGUAGGAGCAGAGCAAAAAUGGGAACUGAAGGAUAACCAGUUACUCUACCUCCCAGGAUGGAACAUGUGUCUGAGUGCCCGUCACGAGCAUCCCUCUCUGGUUUCCUGCAACCCCACAGACCGAUACCAGCUCUGGUCCUUCGUCUGAGUGCGCAAACUACAACUUUACAAAAUAGCCACUCUGUAUGCAUAGGCAUACUAGGGUAUCAGUAUACGAUACGGUAUGCAGUUAACAUGCAGGUCUUUUUUUUUUUUUUUUUUUAGAUUAAUGGUAUUGAGUUUUAAUUUAUUUUUAUACAUAGAAGAACUGAACUGCUGCUUCUGGGAAGUUUGGACUUUGGGAGAAACCACAGUGUGCCACUGCUGGAAGGAAGCAAUGAAACAAAUGCUCCCAAUCAGACUGUGAACUGAGAUUCUUGGAACGAUGAAGAUGCACUGUGCCUUCUUUGUGUUUGAGAUGUUUUCACUACUCCAAGUCUUCACAACUAACCAACAACGUGCAGUAUUAUGAAGCCAACACAGAACAUUUUUGCAGUGAGACGUGAACCUGAAACAAAAUCAUCCAAAUAAAUACAGUGAUCAUGUGUGUUA